AUGGCGACGACUGCCGACGAAUCUCCGAAGCCCGAUCUGGAGCCCACCAAGCAAGAGCAGCUGGCAGAUCUUACCGCAAAGGCGACAGCUGCAUAUGCGGUCAAACACUACUCGGAGGCAGCAGAACUGUACUCCCAGGCAACAGAGCUGCAAGCCGAGCUCAAUGGCGAGAUGGCUCUCGAGAACGCCGACCUGUUAUAUUCCUACGGAAAAUGCCUCUUCUUCCUGGCGCAGCAAACAAGCUCCGUCUUAGGCGGCACAGCGGCCUCGGCACAAUUGUCCUCAAGCAAAUCUCGAAAGACCGGGACGAAGAGAAAAGCGAACGGCGCGGCGAAAGCAGAGACAUCUACGAACGGAGGCGGCGCUGGUGAAAGCUCUAAGUCGAUGGAUGCGACUCCUGGGGGGUCGGUGUCUGGCGUCGGUGACGUCGUCCCCAAAGAAGACGUACAGCCUGAGAAGAGCCCUUCAGACAAACCGUACUUUCAGAUCUCGGGUGACGCCGAAGGCUGGAAUGAUUCGGAUGAGGAUGAAGAGGAGCAGGAUGAAGAGGCUGAUGAAGAGGAAGAAGAUGACUUUGCCACAUCGUACGAGCUUUUGGAUUUGGCGCGUAUCCUAUAUCUUAAAAAGUUGGAACAGAGCCAAGAGCAUGCAUUGGAGGACUCUGAAAAGGGAAAAUACGUGGCGUGUAUUGACCUCACACCAGAGGUCCAGUCGCUAAAGACCCGUGUGGCAGACAUCUACGACCUGCAAUCAGAAGUUUCGUUGGAAGGAGAGAAAUAUUCAAAUGCCGUCACAGAUCUAAAGGCUUGUCUUGCCCUGCGGGAGGAGCUUGAGCCUCCGGAGUCGAGUAUUCUAGCCGAAUGUCACUACAAGCUCAGUUUGGCGCUUGAAUUCAGUUCUCAGACACAACAGCUCGAUUCCCAGGGGAAUCCAACCGGUGAAUUUCAGGUUAACUGGGAUAUCCGAAAUCAAGCCAUCGCUCAGCAGGAGAAAGCGAUUGACAGCUGCAAAUUGCGCAUCUCCAAAGAAUCAGCUGCGAUGGACAAGCUUGAAGCGGGUCCUCAGAAAGACAAGGCCAUGGCUCAGAUCGAGGACGUCCAGGACAUGGUUGCCGAAAUGAAUGUGCGACUGGCGGAACUCCGCAAGCCACCCGUCAGCGUCAAAGCUGAGUCGGAAAAUCAGAUGAGAGAACAGAUUUCGGGUGUAUUGGGCAGUCUACUAGGCAGCGGCGCAUCCGAAAAGGAGCAGAAGGAGAAAUUGGCUCAAGUGGCCGAGACAGCGACUGAUGUAUCGGGACUGGUCAAGCGAAAAAAGCCAAAGAACACCCAGGCCAACGGGGGGGACAGUGGGUUUGGAUCUUCCGCGUCGACUCCGGCGGCAUUGCCAGCGACCGCAGAAGGAUCGAACUUGGGUAAACGGAAGGUGGGAUUUGUGGACGAAGUGGAGGACGCAGACUCUGGGAAGAAGGCGAGGGUGGAGGACGCCGAGGACUCUGGACGUUGA